AUGGAAGGAGUAGACCAUAAACAUUAUCACAAUGAAGAGUUUGAUCACCAUCUACUGAUAGAUACCUAUGUCCGUCAUGAUGAGACAGACUCCAAAGAGGAACUGUUGAACAUGCCACUGCAAAAAAUAUUUGAGGUAUUGUCCUCAGGUACCGUGAAAGGAGAAACUCUGAUUGAUCUCACCAUUGCACCAGCCUUCGGUCAUUUAAUGAUUGCGGCUGAUUUCUUUAAGGAGAUCUUCCUAUUAGACUCAUCAGACAGUUCGCUAAAGGAAACUGAAAAAUGGCUAAAUAAGGAGCCAGGAGCUGUAGACUGGUCUCAUGGAGCCCACUUUUCAUGUAAACUUAAGGGUGUGAGUUGCCAUGAUGAGGAGCACAGCAGCGGUUUUGCAAGUGAACACUUGGAAGCUGAGGAAGAGAAAGUCAGAAGUAUUGUGAAACGUUGUUUAAAAUGGGAUCCCACCAAUGACAAUCCACUGGGUUCCGUCGUACUGCCUCAAGUAGACUGUGCAGUUAGCGCCUGGUACUUUGACGUCGCCUGUAAAGAUCAAGAGUGUUAUCGCAACAGCUUUAGAAAAUUCUCAUCCCUUGUGAAGGUGGGAGGUCACCUCAUUCUGUUUGCCAUUUUCAAUGGGACCUAUUAUACAAUUGGUGAUCACAGGUUUUCCUUCCUAAACUAUAAUGAAGAUUUUGUGAAGGAAGUUCUCCAAGAGAAUGGGUACAACAUUGUGAUUUGUGAAGUAUAUGAAAGCAAAUUAAGCACUGACUUAAUAGAUUAUAAACAGACUGGGUACAUUGUAGCUCGUAAGGAAAGAGAGAUUUAA